GGGAAAUAACUCCGUCGCACUCAAAGUUAAAAUGGCAGUCACCUUUCAUCGACUAGCUUUGUGUAGUCUGACAUUGCAAUCAAAAAGAGCUUUACCUAAUUCUCCUUUUAGUUAUGCGUGUAUCAGACAUGCCAAGAAACUAGCUGGAGUUAAAAUGUCUGCCCAGCCAGUCAAGAAAGAAAAGCUCCCUGUUGAAACUGAUGUUGACAAGCUUCUAAAAUAUGUAUGUGGUGCCAAUAUUGUUGAAAAUAGUGAUAGGAUUGAAAUCAAGGCAGAUCAUGAAUAUCCUGAUUGGUUGUGGCAGUUAAAUACAGGUCCACCACCAACACUAGAUGACUUAGAUCCAAAAGAUCGUGCAUAUUGGCGUAGACUUAGAAAAAUGUCACUCAAAAGGUCUAGGUGAUGAAAUUCCAAGGACAUUUCUGCAAUAUUUGCAGACGUUUGUAUUUUUUUCUUUUUUUUUUUUGUAAUAUCUUCAAAUUACACUUUUCAUUAGAUAUUCAGUAUGUUUAAGAAGCAAAAUUCAUUUUGUUUUGAUAUAUUUAGAAAACAAUAAAUUAAUUUAUUCACUUCA